AUGGGUAAAGUAACCGUUGGUGGACAUUGGUUAGUCGAAGAAAAAAUCGGCGAGGGAUCUUUCGGCGAGGUCUUUCGAGCCGUUCACAUAAAAACAAAUGAACAAUAUGCUAUUAAACGAGAACUUGUAGACGAAGAUCAUCCACAAUUGCCACAGGAAGCCGAAUUUUUAAGAAGAUUAGCAGGUCCAAGUUAUAUACCGAAAGUAUAUUGGUUUGGGCAGGAGCAAUUAUAUAAUGCGUUAGUCAUGGAUUUGCUUGGUCCCAACAUCAGAUUAGUACGCCAAGCAUAUGGUAAACUACCAAUCCCUUUUGUUAGUAAAAUAUCUAUACAAAUGGUGGAUAUCUUAGAACACGUACAUAGUCGAGGAAUAGUAUAUCGAGAUGUAAAACCUGAUAAUUUCCUUCUCGAACGGGAUUUCGCAAUUUCAAUAAAGGAACUCGAGAAAUGGAAUUCUGAAAAGGACUCGCCCAAGCUAAUUGAGGACAAACAUCCCCUUCUUUAUAGUCCACACAAGAUCAGCCUUGUUGAUUUCGGUUUAUCCACGUUCUAUAUCGACCAAAGGACAGGGAGGCACGUUCCAAAGAAGCAUCCCCCGACAAAAUAUAAGACGGGAACUGCUCGUUAUGCCGCAAUGGGUGUUCAUCGUGGGCUUCCACAUGCGCGUCGUGACGACUUGGAAUCACUUGGAUAUGUUAUUUUGGAGUUGCUUCAAGGCACACUUCCUUGGGCAGGUGUAACAGCCCGCAACGCGGUAGAAGGCUGGUCCAAGAUGUUAAAGAUGAAAGAGAGCAAACCUUUGGAAGAAUUAUUUGAAGGAGUACCGUCAGGAUUUAUGAAAUUUCUUCAAUAUGCACGAAGUCUGGACUUUGAUCAGAAACCGGAUUACGCAUAUGCGCGUAAUUUACUUGCUGCAACAUGCCGAAACGGAUACGAUUCUGAACUAGUAUCUCUUGAAUUCGAAGAUUAUUCAUCGGCUCGUCCAAUGUCCCCAGCUCCUUUGACUCCAGCAAAUGAGUCGAGCUUUUGGAGUGACGAUAACGCAUUUCGUGAUUUUGAUGGUGGCUUCCAUUCUGAUGAAUGGAUUAAUCAUAAUGACGACAGUGCAUUAAAGGCAGUGGUCUCUGCGUGGGGUGAUGGAAAUGUAAAGGUUCCUUGGUUGGAAGAUAGUUAUCCAACAAGAAAUAAUUGCCAUCCUCGUUAUAAUGAUGAACUUUAUAACCAAGACGUAAUUCGUACUCGAUCACUAAACACAAAACAAACUCGUGAAUGGCGAGAAUUGCAAAGUAGGCGACCAUCGACUCCUUCUCCGUUAUCCAUAUCCAUUCCACCAAGACCUAAUUCGUCAACGAAUUCUCCUCGUGGGGUGACAUCUCCUAAUAAUAAAUUUGAGCAUAUGCAACAUUAUCCGGGCGUCGAUGAAAACAUACCAUUAGGACCAAGGCGAAGCAUACCUAACAUUCGGAACACGAACUCCCUUGCAACAAAGUUCCUUAAGCGAAGUGUUCCUAAUCUUCGCGAUCAAGCUCAUUAUAACAUUGUCACUCAACCGUCAUCGACAAUCAAGAGGACCAUGGCACAUAUGCAAGAAACACUACCAACAGUAACAACUCAAGGUAGAAAAGGAACUCUUAAUAACAACUCCACCUCCCCUCCUCGGUGUUAUUCGUUUAAGGAUAAUACGCAUAAUUCAACUAGUCCGCCUCGAGAAGAAAUUAGUAAUACGACGAAUGGUAACUCGUCUCAAAAUGUUAGAUUUUCCCCUCAAGACGCCCGUUUCUCUCUUAAAGAUGGUAAAUACUCUCCUCAAGAUGCUAGAUUUUCAAGUCGUGACAAUUUCCGAGGUCGUGAACGUGCCAGCACGUUUAGUCAAUUCAGUAAUGUGCAAAAGCAAGAUAAUCGAUAUCCCCCAAUAUCUACUUCACCUAUUGUACCAUCCCGUCAAGGUAGCAAGCCAUACAAAGAACGUGAACGAUCAUAUACAUUCACUAGUGGACAUAAUCCGCCUGUUAGCCCUGGUAUACAGAAUAAUUCACCAAAUGGGACGUAUUUUUUUCAACCUAAUGUUAAUAAUUGGUCUAGUGGAAAAAGAGAAAGGUCAAGUACCUUCACUAACGGUGGAAAAGCUAAAGACUACAAUUAUGGUGGCAAAAAUGGCUGUUAUGAACGUCGAAAUUAUAUGAAUGGACCACCACAAAACCAUUCGCAGCAAAACUCGGGAUAUAAUAGAAAUGGCACAUCUAUUCAUGUACAAAAAUCCCAGAAUAAUAAUAAUCGACAAAACCAACAAGAGGAAGAGAAUUAUCCUCCACGUUCAACCUCUACAACUCCAACAAGUGGUCAUCGACGUUCAAAUUCACGAGAGAAAGUUGAGCUAAGGAAUGGGACUUCAGAAAUCAAUAAUGAAACGACGGUGACCUCGCCAUCCGCAACAACUGAAACUUUUUUCGAUUCUAUUGACCAAAAGGUCUCAAGUGACAUGAGAAUUCCAAGAGACCCAAAUAGCUUAGAUAAGGAAACGCAAACUCCUUCUAAUCCAGAUGGAACGGGAAUCGAGGAUGCUUUAAACAACGCAGCUGUAAAUAAGUCGGCGAAUCACCAACAGAAUCAUCACGUGUCUUUUGCAACGAAGCUCGAAGACAAUUAUUCUUACUAUCCUAAUAGGCCCUCUAGUGGCUAUCGCAGGCAAAGCUAUUCGGCUGUUUGUGAAGAUAAAUCAUCCAGAACAAGGAGUCUUACGUUUCCAGAUAUAAGGCAAAAUAUUAAGAAUCAAAAUGACUCGAAUGGUUUCUGGAAAAGUGCAACAACUGUUAAUGGAAAAAAUCCACGACCAGUUCUGAAGAAUAAUAAUCAAAGUGUAACUCCUAAACUUCCGAAUGGUAACGUUCACUUUCAAGAUUCUGAUGGAAAGAAGAAAAAAAAAAAGUCGAAGUGGACGUACUACAAAGUUAAUCUAUAA